AUGCCCCCAAAGGCCAGUGCAACUCGCAAGCACACGAAGAUCACGAAAAAGUGUCCCUCGCGCAAGAAUGCGAAGGCAAUAAAAAAACCAGGGAAAAAUUCGGGUUUAAACCCGUCUUUGAAUUCAGAUGCAAGCCAGAUCGGUGUCCGUGUCGAACAACCUCAAGGUCCGGCAUCAUACCAGCAACUAAUUUCGUUAAUCGAAUCCGAAGGCAUGGACGAGGAUGAGGACAACGAGGACGAGGAUGAUGAGAUGGAGGAGGAAGAUGAUAUGGAGGAAGUCAAUAUGGAGGAAGCCGAUGAACAUCUCGCACAACCAGGUCCGUCACACGACUACUACUCAUCGUCCAUGCAGCCAGCUCCACCGCCGGACUCCCAGCAGCUCCCUCGACAACAUCUUGGGCAACCAGGCCCGUCGCACGACUACCACCCACCGUUCAUGCAGCCAGCUCCACCGCUGGACUCCCGGCAGCUCCCUCAGCAACAUCUUGGGCAACCAGGCCCGUCGCACGACUACCGCCCACCAUUCAUGCAGCCAGCUCCACCGCCGGACCCCCGGCAGAUCCCUCGACAACAUCUUGGGCAACCAGGCCCGUCGCACGACUACCGCCCACCGUUCAUGCAGCCAGCUCCACCGCCAGACUCCCGGCAGCUCCAACAGCAACCAGCCCCUCAUGCUCACACUUACGGGCUCCCACAGAUGCCAUUCGCACCACCGGAACUCGUGUCUCGUGAGGCACAUCAAUUUGAUGUGCCCACACCGACAACCUUCAGGAAUAUCGGACACAUGCAAGAGCCGCAGAGGGAGGAAGAACAGACACGUUAUCUGGGACGCUUACCCAUCGACCUGCCCGGAAUUCGGAAGGUAUUCGUAUACGAUCCUCGCCGCCCACCCGAAGGCCACCGGGGACAACUGUUCCCAACCGGAGUUAUCAGAGCUACAGGAGACAUCACUGUUACUGCACCACUCCCGUCUCGCAGAGAGCUGCCUCCGGUGUCUACUCCUCCCUCGCCUAUCACUAAUUUGCCUGUGGCUGGCUCCGGGCCUGUGGCCAACAGUCCUGCACGCUCCCAUCCCUAUGCUCCCCAACGUCCGACUAAUGAGCAGUUCAAGAAAUUGAUGGAAGCCGCGAAGUCUAAUAUGCGCCGCAAGGUGUUACUAGAGAAUGCUAUGCCCGAAACGGGCGUCAACACGGCGAUGGCGGAGGCAGCGCUGUCGGCAGCUCGCCAGGACUUCAUGCCUGACGCGGAGGUUCCCAACUACGAAACCUGUCUUAAGAGCCUCCGAACCCUCACAACGACCAUACGAACGGCCUUCAAAACGAGGGCGUGCCGCGAAGUCCCAGUCCAUUAUGAUCUUAACCGUCCGUUGGAUGCAAAUGCGGAGAUCGCGCACAGGAAACAACGCGUACCGAUACUCGUUGAGAAUCACGCGUACUUGUUUUUGCACGAAACGAAUGAUCCGGACUCGCUGGCCCCAGUCAAUCAUCCUGGCGUACACGCCGUCAUCGUUGCAGCUGUGUGGGAAACCGGCUUCCACACAGAGCUUGACAUAGACGACGUGGACGCUCUCGACAAUCUGAUUUCACUCGGCGGCGCUGCAACACAUUCAGUCCUCAUGGAGCAUCUCAACGGGAGACGUCAGACGGUGGAGUUUUCAGCAUCUUCGUCAUCUGGAGCAGAGUAUCGUUUCAUUCAACAACACAAUCUCACCAUUCGUAACGUUCCUGCAGUAUAUCACGCUUCCAUUUCUUUAAAGAAAGAUUUAGUUGAACGAGGUAUAUCUACUAUCAGUACGGCUAGUAUGUCUGAUGAUCUGUAG